AUGAGAGCUACCCGUGUUUUAUUGAAUUCUGCUAAGAAAAGCAGUAUUGCCGCAAAUCUUCCAAUUGAAAUGUACCCAUUAUUCGCUGCUAUGGGAGUUGCAGUUGCAUCGGGAUGCUUUUUCACUUACAGGCAUUUUGCCCACGAUAAAGAAUUGAGAUUGUGGAAAAACGCCAAUUUAUCCAACUUAGACAAUGUGUUGAAUGCUGAAGUCCACAAGAACGAAGCAGGAAACAAGGAUGAAAAGAAAGAAGAAAACAAGGAUUAA